AUGACAUGGGACUGCUGCCUUCUGUUAGCACGGGCAUGUCAUCUUCCGCCACCCGCAACCUCUGUGGCUCACCCGCAGCGCGGGACUUCCUCGUUCCUCGGGGCCUCGGCGAGGUGCCGAGGUGGCGGGAGAAGUGGCUCUGCUCCCGUUCGCCUGGUCACGAUGGCCCCGGUCUCCAAGGAGGUCAAGGACGUCAGGCUCCUGGCGCGACUCAUCGAACUUGUCGGUUUGAUCGAGGCCAAGGAGCACGUCGACCGGCAGCUCUUUCUCAUCGUGGAGGUGGUGAGUGCGGGUCGACCAAGCUCUUGGUCUUUGGCCCGAAUGGCGCUCUGGUGUGAGUUCAGCUUUUACCACUUGGUCAGGGAGAAGGACCACUUGGAGCUCAAGAUUGCGUACUGCGUCGCAAUCAUCGGAGUGCUUCGCGAAUGUCCCGCAGAGGAGGAGCUUCUGGACCGUCACUCGCCCGAGGUGGAUACGGCGCUUGGCCCUGAAGGGGCAGAAGCGGGGCACACCGCCGAAGGGGCUGCGAAGCUUUCCUGCGCAGCUGAGCACAAGGACGAGAGCCUCGAUAGUGAGGACGAAGAAUCUGAGGGCGGCUUGCACCCUGGCGUCCCGGCUCCCCUGCCGCCCUUGCAGACGCGGUCUCCGCCACAGGAAGCCCAGGAGGAGAAUGGCGCUGUCGCGCUGGUUUGA